AUGGACUUCCAGGCAUUUAUAUUUUGUGGAAAGGGUUACAAGUUAUCCCCCUUUUCCCAUAUUAGGGAAGAAAGCGGAAUUCCAAAGGCUCUCCUUCCAGUAGCCAAUAGACACAUGAUUGAAUACGUUCUAGACUGGUGUGAUCAGGCCAACUUUAAGGAAAUAAACAUCGUUGCCGAUGCAUCCGAAGUUGACGUGAUUCGCGAAGCAUUGAAGACAUAUCUGAGUGUAAGGGAAGCACAGUUUGAACUUCUGGCAAAGUCCCUCCCUUCUCACCAUUCUCAUCACACUAGAAAGCCAGCACCGGUGAACUUUAUAGAAGCCAAGAGCGAAUUUACAGGUGAAAUUUUGCAAAAAGUGCUCUUUGAUAAAAUCACUGGUGAUUUCGUUCUACUUCCAUGUGACUUUAUUACUGAUAUUCCGCCUCAGGUUUUCAUCGAUCAAUACAGGAACAAAGACUCAGACAAUCUUGCCAUGGCGGUGUAUUAUAAGAAUACUUUCGAAAACAUCGACAAAAAGCAGCUACCAUCAUUUUACCACGUUUAUUCCGAUAAUGAAGACUCCAUCAAGCAACCUGUACUGCUAGACGUUUAUUCAAAUGAAGACGUAGAAAGAUCAAAAGAUCUACAGAUUAGAACACAAAUGCUGUGGAGGUUCCCCAAUGCGAUUGUUUCAAAAAAACUAUUGAAUUCUUUCAUUUACUUUUGUUGUCAUGAUCUUGUUGAGCUGUUAUCGAAGGAGGAUGAUUCGAAGUCAACCUCGGAAGGUGACUCCAUAGAUUCUGAAGAUGAAAACGCAGUUUUGAAUCAGCAAAUGGAAACACAUCCAAGUCAUAUCAGAAGGAAAAAUAAGCUGGCGAAGGAUCCUAUAAAUUGUAACAAAUCAAUAGCAAAGAUCUUUAGAGACUUGGCUAGACGCACCUGGCAGCAUACAAAGACCAGAGAGAGUAUCGGUAUCUUCAUUCUGCCAAAUGUGGGUGCUUUCAUCAGGUCGAACAACCUCAGUGCAUACAUGGAGGCAAAUCGUUACGUUUUGAGAAUUAAAUCUUCAUCAAUGGCCACUCAAACGGCUCCCACAACGGGAUCGGCAAUUGGUGCGGAUUCUGUUGUUGGCGUUAAUUGCACUAUUGCAGAAAAGACCAGCGUUAAAUUAUCUGUUUUGGGUAAAGACUGUAAAAUUGGAAAGCGCUGUCGGAUCAUAGGUUCAUUAAUACUGGAUGGUGCUGAGAUCGAGGACGAAACGACCCUAGAAAAUGUAAUUAUCGGCAAUUUUGCGAAAAUUGGUAAACGUAGCAAACUUACGAAUUCUUAUGUGGAAGGGUCAUACAUUGUAAAUCCGAAGAGCGUAUUGAAGAAUGAAACUUUGACGCAUAUAUACUUGGAGGAAACUGACUUCACUGACGAUGCUUUAAGUACUUCUGACGAAGGUGAUUCUAGUGAAUUCACUGACGAAUAUUACGAGGAGGAUGAAUUUGAAGAUGAUGGGCUUUUCGAGCGUUAA